UCGUGCUGGAGUCAUAGUCAUCUUUGACAAUGACACGAGCCAGACCGCGUGCGCAAUGAAUACAGCCUAGUUUCACGCGCACUGUCUCCGUAUGUGUCUCUACCUCUGCUUCUCUCUGUUACUAACGACGAAGAUUGAAAACUCAGCGUGAGAUAAUGAGUUGGAAAAACAGUUCGAAUUUGACCGGGAACUACACCAACCAGUUUGCGCAGCCCGCUUGGCAAGUGGCGAUAUGGUCGGUUGCGUACAGUAUAGUGCUUAUAGUGUCAGUAUUUGGAAAUGUAAUCGUUAUAUGGAUCAUUCUCGCGCACAAACGGAUGCGGACCGUCACCAACUACUUCUUGCUUAACCUGGCUCUCGCGGACGUGUCCAUGGCGACGUUCAACACGCUCGUGAACUUUGUGUACGCCGCGCAUGGUGACUGGUACUUCGGCCGCGCGUACUGCAAGUUCCACAACUUCUUCCCGGUAACGGCAAUGUUUGCCAGCAUCCAUACAAUGACAGCCAUCUCCGUAGACCGGUACAUGGCUAUCAUCAACCCUCUGAAGCCACGCCUCUCGGCAACGGUAACCGUGGCGGUGAUGGUGUGUAUCUGGGCGGUGGCGGGGGCGCUGGCGUCUCCGCUGUGUGUGUACUCCACCACGGUGACGCAGCCACACAGAACAGUCUGCUACACCGCCUGGCCACGGGGAGCUGAGCAUGCACUGCUGUACCACGUGCUGGUGCUGGUGCUGGUGUAUGUGCUGCCCCUGCUGGUGAUGGGGGUGACCUACAGCCUGGUGGGCAGGAGGCUGUGGGGCGGGGUCAUCCCUGGGGACUCUGCUGGCCUCCACUCUGACCAGCUGCACGCCAAGAGGAAGGUUGUGAAGAUGAUGAUCAUUGUGGUGUUGACGUUCUCUGUGUGCUGGCUGCCGUACCACCUGUACUUCCUGGUAGUUGGUCUCCGUAGAGACCUGACCAGGAGGAGGUCGGUGCAGCAGGUGUACCUGUCGGUCGUCUGGACGGCCAUGAGCUCUGCUAUGUACAACCCUGUCAUCUACUGCUGCCUCAACCACCGGUUCCGUGCAGGGUUUAAAUGUGUGCUACGCUGGUGUCCCUGCAUCUCUCUCUCGGAGCACGACAGGAUGGAACUGCGUUCCGCCCGUUGCCACACCAACCGCCAGAGCAGCAUGUACGUUACCAGGAUGGAGUCAUGUGACCCCGGCGACCGCCGCAGGAAGAGCUCCGCUUCCAGUCGCCAUGGCAGCCUGACCAGCGGGCUGUAUCACCAUGGCAAUAGGCUGGUCACCACAGGUGUUGGUCUCCAUGGCAACGCCGGUGCCACUACACCAGCAAACCAUGGCAACCACAGAGCCUCGGCCUCUUACCUGGAAGUCACCUGAGGGUUUAAACACACAAACUCACA